AUGGCUCCCAUUGCACGUGCCGUCGACGCAAUGUCAACACUGGUCAAGCGUGACUCUUCCUCCGGCCGCUUCUCUCUUUAUGUCUUCUGUAUCAUGAUAGGUUGCAUUGUCGCCUGUCUUAUCGGAUUCAGUAUUUAUACUAUGUACCAUGGAAUUGACACUGAGGAGAGCAACGACAUUCCAUUCGAACAAAGAAAAUACAUGCGCGAACUACGACAACGAAACUUGAACGGACUUGCUGUUACAGCAAAGCGACCUGAUAUGAUUGUUCCCAUUGAGGAAUUAAACUAUUGA